AUGGCCUUAAACAGUAUAACACGAUCACAAUUCCCUCCAACAUUAUCAACUUCGAUUCAAGCUGGCAUAAAACAUAUGAUCUACGAUGAAACACAUUUGGCGAUGCAGACAAGUUUGAAAAAAGUAAUGCAAUUUUCUCGAAGAAUCAUUUUUAAUUCAAAAAAAAUUGUAGAUUAUUACUGAAAAAAUAAAUCCGAAUGUGAAUCAAUGGGAAAAAUCAGGAAAAUAUCCAGCGCAUUAUAUUUUCAAUCAACUUGGAAAACUUGGAGUUUUUGCAGCGAAUAAACCAGCAGGUGAAUUAUAGAACGGGUAAUGUGAAUUUGUUUUUUUACUGAAAUUUUUUUCAAAUUCUGGACCGCAUCCGAAAACUUAGAAAAAAGAUCAUACGAAAAUUGACAAACAUCCGAUUCGUUCAGUUCGGAGCACUAAAAUUUAGAAAGUAAAUUGAACUUCGAAUCGAUCUAGAUCUAGAUUUUUAAGGAGCUUUGGAAAUCUAACCCCUCCCCCCUAUUUCAAAAAUCUACAGACUUCGGAGGAAUGGGAUAUGAUUUUGCAAUGUCAAUCGCAAUCGCUGAACAAAUCGGAUCAAUAGAUUGUGGUUCAAUUCCAAUGUCUGUAAUGGUUCAAACAGAUAUGUCAACUCCAGCUUUAUCACAAUUUGGCUCUGAUUUUCUACGUGAUCAAUUUUUGAGACCUUCUAUUUCUGGAGAUCUAGUUUCAUCGAUUGCCGUUUCCGAACCACACGCUGGAUCUGAUGUUUCAGGUUUGUUGGAUUACUGUAGUUUUUCACAAGCCUGGUUUUUUUUUAGCAAUUCGAACAACAGCCCGUCGUUCUGGCGGUGAUCUCAUUAUAAAUGGUUCAAAAAUGUGGAUAACAAAUGGCGAACAAGCUGAUUGGGCGUGUGUUUUGGUGAACACAUCGAAAAAUGAUAAUUUACACAAAAACAAAAGUCUUGUUUGUAUCCCGUUGAAUUCGCGAGGUGUUCAUAGAUCAAAUCGACUCGAUAAAAUGGGAAUGAGAAGUUCGGAUACUGUUCAAUUGUUUUUUGAUGAUGUUCGAGUUCCGGAAUCUUAUAUUAUUGGAGAAGAAGGAAAAGGUUUCAUAUAUCAAAUGAAACAAUUCAAUGAUGAGCGAUUGGUUACGGUAGCAGUUGGUUAGUUUUUUGGGGUUGUCUGGGAAAAUAAAAAAGCACUGUGAAUACCUUGCAUUCCUCUGAUCAACAAAACAUAGUUCCCACGAUAUUCUUACUAUAAAAAAUAAAUCUGCCACAGUAAAAAACAUCAAAGGAAUUUGAAAAAUAAGUUAUGAAUCCUCUUUUCGUUCUCGCAAUUUUCGCUAUUAUUUUCUUCGCGUCUGCAAGCGCUGAAGUAUCCGCUGAAGGUGUUAAUGAUAUUUUGAAAUCUAUUUUCGAUGGAACUUCAGGAAUUAUUACAAGUGCCGCGGAAGCCAAAGGAAAAUAAAAAUUGAAUUUUUGUUCCGUGAAUAAAUUUAUAUUUUGCAAAAUUCAAUUCUGAUCAAAGAAAAGAGUUUCCGAAAACAAAGGUUUUCCAGGUCUUCUUCCUCUUCAAAAAUGUCUCAACGACACUUUGAAAUAUGCCAAAACCCGCCAAAUUUUCGGCAAAACUCUACUCGAUCAACAAGCUGUUCAAUUUCGCCUCGCAGAACUUGAAGCUGAACUAGAAGCGACUCGAAGUCUUCUCUAUAGAACUGUUUUAUCUCGUUGUCAAGGUCAAGAUGUAACAAUGUUAACUGCAAUGUCGAAAUUGAAAAUUGGAAGAUUGGCACGAAAAAUUACAGAUGAAUGUUUGCAAAUUUGGGGCGGUGCUGGAUAUUUGAAUGACAAUUCGAUUAGUCGAGCUUUCCGAGAUUUUCGAAUUUUUUCAAUUGGCGCUGGAUGUGAUGAAGUUAUGAUGCAAAUUAUACAUAAAAACCAAAAUAAACGAACUUUUUGA